CCAUGCCCUUUGGUGGUCAUGAAGACUGAAAAGUCUCAGCAAGUGUUCAACAAACACGAACUGCUGGGACUGGCCCUUCGAGUUGAGGUUCAGAAGAACUCCAGACUCAUUGGGCAGUGUCACCGCUGCCAAAAGUAUGGGCAUGCACAGUCAUAUUACACUGCACCGCCCAAAUGCUUAAAAUGUGCAAAGGACCACAUGACGCCCCCUCAAAGAAGAGGAAGAGCACGGACAUCCUGCAAAUAGCCGGACUUGCAAGUUCAC